GAAUUUUGUCACGCAUUGAACCCUAUUACAGACUCCAUCACAUUACCGCCAUCGCUGCCGCUGCCUCGCUGAUUCUCUGAUAGCAAUGGCGCGGAUAACAGACAUGAUGAAAUUGAAGCCAUUGACGUCAACAAUAGAAACCCUAGGCCACCGAUUCCUACAACAAUGUUCCGUCAGUGGAACGGCUAAAGGAAAAGGGAAGGUGAAGGCUGGGGUAACCCUAAAGAGAUCGAAAAUCACUAUAAAGAAAGGUCAACAAGCACCAGAUCCGUCGGCGACGAAAGGUCCGAGGAAAGGCCAACUUGAACAAAUGAUUGACGAUUGCUUGCAGGCAAAAGCGCCGGUGAGGUUUCUGAAGCCUAAGGAACGAGAGAGAGAAGCUGAGAGGGAGAAAAUGGGAUUGAUUUCUGAAGAUAGGAAACAAGAGAUUGCGAGCUUUAAGAAAAACAAGAGUAAGGUAAAAGAUGAUGACCAGAAAUCGAAAUCUGGGUUUAUCGGACCGGAAGGUUUGGAUCUUGUAACGUUAGGGCUUGUUGACGCUGAUAAGAUUCCUAAAUACGAGUUGACGGUUGAGGAUGGGAGGAAGUUAGCUAAGGAGUAUAGUAGGGUUUUGAUGAGGAAGCAUCGAGCGAGGCAGGCUGCGGAGACAGGGCUGUUGAAGUGUAAGAAGGAGGCUAUAGAGGCGUUGCCGGAAGGUUUGAGGGAGGCGGCACUGGUGCCGGAUAUGGCUCCUUUCCCGGUGAAUAGGUUCAUGGCAACUUUGACACCACCGAUCGAAGGGUAUAUUGAGAAGAUCAACGAGGCAGCGAAGAGGCAGAGUUCAGUUAAGGGGAAACUCAGAUGAGGGGAAAGGUGCCAGGUGGUGGUAUAAUACAUCUGUAUGCUGUUUGUUGGUUUUCUGCAGUUUUGCCCCCAUUCAUCAAUUGGUUUUGUUUUGUUUUGUUAUGUUAUUUUGAUGUUGACUAGAACAAGAAAUAGAACUAGAUGAUGCUGAAAGAAAGAAACCACCAUUCCUUUCAAUAAAUGAUUUCACUAAUUGGUUUUAUA